CCUCAAAUGAGCAUCUUUCAUUGGGACACAGCAUUUCACUAGGAACUCCGUAAUGGCUGUUCUUUUGAGGGCUGUUUCAAGUAAAUUUCUUUACAGUAAAAACCAUUUUAUUCAAACAAGGAGUUUUAGCAAGUUAAAUACACUUCGGGCUUCUACAGUUCCUGAUAGCCAACUUCGUGGAGAUAAAAAAAUAAAAGAUAAUGUGGAAGUUGCUGUUAUUGGGGGUGGUUGUGUUGGUGCAAGUAUAGCAUAUCAUCUAGCGAAACAAGGAGUAAAAGAUGUAGUCUUGUUGGAAAAAUCUGAGUUAACUGCUGGCUCAACUUGGCAUGCCGCCGGAUUAACAACAACCUUUCAUCCCGGAAUAAAUGUCAAACGUUUACAUUGGUACAGUUUGAGUUUAUAUACUCAACUAGAGAGGGAAACUAAGCAGGAAGUUGGAUUACAUCGGCCGGGUAGUCUUCGCAUAUUAACUACACCAGGUCGAGUAGAAGAAGCAAAGUACAUGAUUUCACGAGCAGGGUGGCAUGAUGCCUACAUGUGGAUGCUUACUCCUGAGGAAGUAUGUGAACAAGUGCCAUACAUGAACAUGGAUAAUGUUUUAGGAGGCCUUUUUACACCGGGUGAUGGUCAUAUAGAUCCAUACUCGUUAACACAAGCAUUGGCUGUUGGUGCACGCAAUUAUGGUGCUGAAAUAUAUCUUUCUUCUCCUGUCACUAAAAUUUCUCCCCAUCAAGAUGGUCAGUGGAACGUCCAUACUCCUCAUGGCGUGAUUACUGCUAAAAAAAUUGUUAACGCUGCAGGUUUUUGGGGUCGUGAGAUUGGUAAAAUGGUAGGCGCGGACCAUCCCCUAAUACCCAUUCAUCAUCAGUACCUCGUAACAACUGGCAUACCUGAAGUGAAAGCUUGUCAACAUGAAAUGCCAGUGGUGCGUGACUUGGAGGGUUCCUACUAUAUUCGUAAAGAACGAGAUGGUCUUCUUUUUGGACCCUAUGAAAAAGCUUCAAAAAUGAAAAUUCAGGACGAAUGGUGGGACAAAGUAACUCCUGGUUUUGGUAAAGAAUUAUUUGAAAGUGACAUUGAUCGCGUUAUGGAGAAUGUCGAAUGUGUGAUGGAGCGUUUUCCGUGCGUCAAAGAAGCAGAUAUAGCAAGUACUAUAGCUGGUCCUAUCACAUACACGCCUGAUAUUCUUCCCAUGAUUGGACCUUUUCCCGAAGUACCAAAUUAUUGGUGUGCAAUUGGAUUUGGAUAUGGCGUUGUACAUGCAGGAGGCGCUGGCAAGUACCUAGCUGAUUGGAUGCAAACAGGUGAACCACCAUUUGAUCUUAAUGAGUUAGAUCCUGGACGUUACGGAAAAUGGACAAACAAGGAGUAUGUGUUAUCCAAGUGCAGAGAAUCAUAUGGCUUUAAUAAUUUGCAAGCUUACCCAAAGGAAGAAAGAUAUGCAGGAAGACCAAUGAGAAUGUCUCCUUUUUAUGAGGUGAUGAAAGAUGCUGGCGCACAGUAUACAUUUUCCAGUGGCUGGGAAGUUCCAAAAUGGUUUGCUCAAGAAGGAGAUGAAGCAGGAUAUAAACCAAGUUAUUACCGAACCAACUGGUUUGAACCUCUUCGUCGAGAGGUUCACAACGUUCUGAAGAAUGUUAGCAUCGCUGAUAUUUCCGCGUUUGCCAAGAUUGAAGUAAAGGGAAAGGAUGCAUCAAAGUAUAUGGAUUACAUGGUUGCCAACAAGUUACCCACUGUUGGUGCAACUAACGUUAGUCACAUGCUCUCUCCGUCUGGAAAAGUGUACGCAGAAGUAACAGUCUCCACUUUGGCAGCCGACCAUUUCCUCGUCAUUACUGGUGGAGGUUCAGAGUAUCACGACCUAAGAUGGAUGUUGGAGCAAUCACAAGGUUUCGAUGAUGUGCAAAUCAGAAAUAAAACUGACGAAUUAGCCACGUUAAGUAUUAGUGGCCCGAAAUCCAGAGACCUGUUGGAGCAAUUAUGUGACGAAGAUGUCUCAAGCAAUAGCUUUAAGUUCAUGCAAAAUAAACAAAUGAACAUCAGUGGUAUACCAGUGCUGGCAUUGCGGGUUUCGUAUACAGGAGAGCUUGGCUGGGAAUUUUACGUUAAAAAUGAUCGUGCUUUGGAAUUGUACAACGCACUCGUCAGUGCUGAUCAGAAGUUCAGUAUAGGUCACAUUGGUAGCUACGCUAUUAAUUCGAUGAGAAUUGAAAAAGGUUUUCGGUUGUGGGGAGCAGAGAUGAAUAUGGACGUGGAUCCGUUUCAAGCUGGAUUAGAUUUUUUUAUCAAGUUAAAUAAGAAGUCCAAUUUUAUCGGUCGUGAUGCGUUGAUAAAGAUCAAGCAAACGCUACCAAAAAGACGCUUAGUAUGCAUGUUAGUUGACACAGAUUGUGUUGACGCAGAAGGAAAUGAAUCGCUAUGGUACGCGGGAAAGGUUGUGGGAAAUACAACAUCUGGUUGCUAUGGUUACACUGUUGAAAAAAGUAUCGCCUAUGGUUACCUUCCGAUCUAUCUUACAGACCCUGGCACAAAGGUAGAUGUUGAGCUAAUGGGUAGUAAGUAUAAAGCCACGGUCGUACCAGAACCACUUGUUCUAAUGGAAGCUGCACGUGCUAGAAAAGCUUCUAAGUAAGCAGUUAUGAGAGUGUAGUCGUGGUGAUCAGAUGAACUUCACAUCGGUAAUUCUUCUUAAACUGUUUUUAUAAAUGUAAGAGAACUCGUUUAUCAAAUCCAAACUUUCAUAUUCAUGUUACAUUAUGUGAUUCUGCAAAUAACUUUUGACUUCUUAUAAAAGUGAAAAUUUAGUCAGAAAAAUUGGCUACGUUUAUUUUUUGAGUUCCGUUGACUUUUGUAUUUUUUUUAUAUAAAUUAAUAAUUUACGUCAAGGGUUAUGAUUUUUUAACGUAGUGUUUAUUUUAUAGGAUUGUAUAUAUGGGUUAGAAUAAAAGUACCUCAAGAAUCUGA